AUGUCUCUAAGCCUUCUGCUGACUUUGUUUCUGCCCCAGUGCCUGUGUGUCGAUCUCACCUACUAUGUGGAGGAAGGCCAGAACCCAGGCGCCCUGGUAGGCGACCUUGCUGCCGACGCUCAUCUAAUGGAUGGUAUCUCCCGUCAGGAAUCGAACCAUAUCACAUUCAGUCAGAUGCAGAGCGUAACGGGAAGUUCCCAGCUGUUCCGCGUCUCGGAAAGUACAGGAAAACUUUAUACCAUCCAGAUUCUUGACGCGGAAACGUUAUGUGUGCGCAAUACGGAAUGUUUCAAGAUGGUUGACGUCGCAGUGCGUAGAGGCGAAACGUUCAUGAAGAUACUCGAAAUCAAGGUCGUUAUCAAAGACAUUAAUGAUCACCAGCCCGAGUUCCCUAACAAACAAGUGACCAUCCAGUUUUCGGAAGAUGACAGUAAAGGGGUUCGAAGAUCGAUCCCAAACGCGAUCGAUCGAGAUGUUGGGAUACUUAAUUCCCAAGUUACUUAUCAAUUGGAAAAUAAGGUGAACGAACCUUUUACUCUGUCUGUUUCUAAGAGUGUCGAUGGAACAUCUGAUUUGAGUUUGACUCUGCAAGAAAGGUUAGAUCGAGAAGUAAAGGAUUCCUAUAUGAUCCAGGUGAUUGCCAAAGAUGGAGGCUCACCACCCAAGCAGAGCGUCUUGGAGGUUCUCAUCUCAGUGACAGAUGUCAAUGAUAACAUUCCUGUUUUUUCUCAGAACGUUUUCAAUGUUUCUGUAGGCAGUGAAGACGAUGGAAGCUUAGCAAUUACUGUUUUAUCGGCGGUGGAUUUGGAUUCGGGAAAGAACGGUAAAAUUUCGUACCACUUCAGCUCGCAGACUUCGGAUAUUGUCAAGACGCACUUCAAGCUGAACGACGUGACAGGAGAGAUUUUUCUUCAAAAGAAGUUCACGUCGGGACAAAAACUGACUUACAAGCUAUACGUGAAAGCAACAGACGGCGGUAACCCUCCUUUGAGCUCGAUCACGAUGGUUUUGGUGAACGUCAUUAAUCAGCAAAACAACGCCCCAACAAUUGACGUAAAUCUGGUGUCUGUGUCGACAGGCAACACGACGACUAUAUCCGAAGACAUUAAAGUCGGCAGUUUCAUCGCUUACGUAAAAGUCACUGACCAUGAUAUCGGUAAGAAUGGGAUCAUCAGCUGCGAUCUUCAGCACGAAAAAUUCCAACUGCAGAAACUAAGGACCAAUAAGUACAAAGUGAUUGUCAAAAACCCGGUUGACCGAGAAACAAAAGAUCAUCAUGAUAUCUCAAUUGUUUGCCAAGACAAAGGAUCGCCUCCCUUACACAGUGAAAGCAAAUUUUCUAUCCAAGUAAUGGACGUCAACGAUGAAAGACCUCAGUUCUCCAAAGAGAUUUUCAAAUUCAGUAUCCAGGAAAACCAAAAAUCGAAGAUCUCAGUUGGCUUCAUCAAUGCCACUGACCCUGAUUUCGGACCGGGCGGCAAAUUAACCUAUUCACUGAUAACCGACAGCAAACAUUUUCUCCCUUUUAUUAUCAAAGAUGACGGCUUGAUAUCGACCGUUAUGUCUUUAGACCACGAAUUUCAGAAGACCUAUAAGUUCAAGGUCAUGGUGAAGGACAAUGGAAUCCCGUCCUUGAAUAAUUCGGUCAAUGUCAUUGUUGAGGUCAAGGAUGAAAACGACAAUUCUCCGUACUUCACGUUUCCUAGUAUUAACCCCUUCACGUUGGACAUUGUCUACUAUCCUUAUCACACAAACAAUAUCACUGUCCUGAAGGCGUCUGACAGUGAUAGCCAAAAAAAUGCAUUUCUCCGCUAUGAAAUCACUGGCGGAAACGGCAAACAGUUGUUCACAAUCGACCAUUACUCGGGACUCUUGUCGUUUGCACGAGUGGUUACCCCACAUGAUGCCGGAACCUACGAUCUCCAGUUUGUCGUCAAGGACAGCGGAACCCCGGUCAGGUCGGCAAACACUUCCCUCUCUCUCAAGCUGGCCGUCAGCAACAAAACCUCGGAAAUGUUGAAUGCAGUCUACAUUCAGUCAGACGAUACAGUGCAUCUGUAUUUACUUAUUGUCAUUGUGCUCGUAUCUGUUUCGGUGUCCGUGCCUAUUACAGCGUCGGUGUCCAUUUGUAUUAUCCGCUGUAACGACAAGCGAAACGCUGCUCAGCGUAGCGGACUGAAUCCGUCGAAUCGGUGCGUCGGUGAGCAAAGACAUUUGAUGUGCCCGUCUUACCAGACAACCUCCUGGCCAGACGUGUCGACUGCUCCGUCCGCUGACCAAGACAUUGGGCACAGCACGUUGCUUACGGGUUCGAAAAGGGGACGUGAGUCUGAAGAUGACUCGAAAGGAGUUCAGAAAAGUUCAACUCGUCGAAUGAAAUUACAAUCGUCAGAUUAUCAGGUUUUUUCUUCUUCUUUCUUUACUACUUUCAUUUACUUUUCUUUAUUUCCUCCUUUAAUUGUUUUUUCUUCUUUCCUUACUUUCUUAUUGAUUUUUUCUUCCUCUUUAUUUACUUUUUACCUUCUUUUCUUAAUUUGUUUUCAUUCGUUGAACUUCCUUGAUAUUUUUCCUUUGGUCUUUCAUUUUUCUUUAACAAUUUGUCUCCUUCUUUUACAUCAUUAUUCAUUUCCUUUUUUUUUCUUCUUUACAUUUCUUCCUUCUUUCUUUCCAUUUUUGUUCUUUUUUUACCUCUGA